GAACUGGACUUUUAUUGGGUUCGAGAACUCCUGAGCAUCCAAAGUGUGGGCGUGAACAGUGAGAUUGAGGUGAGAGGGUUAGGGCAUCCGAAUAUGUGGUCUUAAACUUCGGUGACCUCAGAUUUUUAUGAGUGCUGUUCGCUGGCUUAGUCAUAACUGGCCAAAACGAAAGGCUCAGAUGGAGAAGCUAAUGGAGUGUGUGCGGUUUUGCCUGCUUCCCCCGCCUUUCCUGAGAUUUCUGCAGGGAGAGCACAAUACCCUGAUACUCAACAGCAUCUGUCAGAGCGCCAAAGUCAAGGAACUAGUCAACAAAGCCUUCGUGUACACCUCCUCUGAACUCUACGAACUGAACCAAAAUAUUUACCACAUGCUCAAGGAGUUCCAUCCGCCGGAGCAGCGGAAGUGGAUAGUCGACAAGCGGUGCGCGUACCAUCGCCACCCAGGCGGACACCAGGGGCAGUUCUUCACCUACCAGCAGUUCCUCAACUACCUGGAGUCACUACACGAUUCGCUGCCCGAACAAUGCUCCUAGGUCACAGGGGUCUUAGCCGAAUCCCGCUCCAGGCCAAAAAAAGCAAUGGGAAAGCCAGAAGGAAGUGUGUCGCAAUGUUUGGCCAGUCGGCUCUCAAUGAGGCAGCUCCAAAGAGCCAAGCGACUUCAAUAGACUUUUGUGUUUGCCAUGCGAUUAUGCCUCGUUUCGGAUUUGGCCAACAGAGUCAACAGAGAUUUUGCAACCCGAAAAAGACAACAGCCAGCUUAGCGGGUUUACUUAACAAUGGCAGCAGCGCUGGCGGAUUAAAGUGGAGUGUCUUUAUAACUAAUUAGGUAAUAGUCUUAGGGGGAACCAAUUCAUCAUUUCAAGCUAUUUCUGUUUCAGUCUCAGCACUGUCUACAAAUUGUAUCCUUUUUUUGAUAAAUUUUUAAGCGGCUUUCUUACGUCACUGUGUAGCUACUUUCACCUAAUUGUGGUAAUAAAAUCAUUAGCUUAGCAUAAGUAUUAUUGGUAAUUCUAUAUCGCAUAAUAUAUUCUCACUUCAUUACUUGUAGUUUUUUAAUGUUUUAGUAACAAACUCAACUAGUUCGAAUCAAUAAAUAUAUGAAUCUUAUCUAC